AUGAGUAACGCACCAAAUGGCGAUAGCCACGAUGACAUCUCCAAGGUGGGAGGAGACGUAGAGCAGGUUGAGCAGAAGCAGCAGCAGGAACGCUCGCUCACCCCCAAAGAGAUUCAGGGGCAGUUCAAUCUCCUUCGCGACUUGAGCGAUGCUGAGUUGGAGACUCUGAACAAGAAGGUUCUCAAGAAGAUCGACUGGCACCUGAUGCCGGCCAUUACCAUGAUGUUUCUCAUGUGUUACCUCGACAGAAUCAACGUCUCCAACGCAAGACUUGCGGGCAUGCAGAGUGACCUGCACAUGUCAGACACCAUUUGGAACCUUGGAAUUUCUACCUUCUACAUUGGCUAUUUGUUUGGUCAGCUACCUGGAAACUUGUGGUUGGCCAAGGCUAGCCCCAGAUUCUUCUUGCCUUUGGUAAUGUUGGCCUGGAGUGUGUGCACCAUCUGCACACCGGCUUUGACCAAUGGUGCUGGUUUUGCCGCCAUUCGCUUCUUCACCGGACUGGCUGAAGCCCCUUUCUUUCCCGGUAUCACUCUGAUAACUUCUUCGUGGUACACCAAGCACGAAAACCCUACGCGUAUGGCCGUCUGGCACGCAGGAAACACCAUCUCCAACAUCAUCUCGGGUUUCCUCGCGGCCGGCAUCUUGACCACCAUGAGCGGAGUCGCUGGGUUGCACUCUUGGCAGUGGUUCUUCCUCAUUGAGGGAAUUGCUUCCAUCAUCGUUGCCGUGGUCGCCAUGAUUGUGCUGCCCGACUACCCACACAACACGCGCUUCCUCAGUGAGCAGGAGCGCGAGAUGGCACAGUACCGCGUUCUCUGCUCCAACGGCGGCAAGGACGAGGGCAUCGGUGGAACUUGGGAUGGUGUCAAGGAGGCCGUCAAGGAUCCCUUUACCUGGAUCUUUUGCCUUAUGCACUUUGCCUUGGUCACGGCUCAGAGCUUCAAGGAUUUCUUCCCAUCUAUCGUCAAAACCUUCGACUUCGGCGAGCUCACAACCUACUUCAUCCAGGCACCACCCUACGCCUUUGCCUACGCCUUUGCCUGCCUGUGCGCCUGGUCAUCCGGCCGCCACCAGGAGUCGUUCUGGCACGUCGUGGUGCCCAUCAUCGGCAGCGCGGUGGGUUGCGCCGUGCUCAUCUCGACCGAGAACGUGGGUGCUCGCUACUUUGGCCUGUUCCUGCUCAUCUCGGGCACGUACAACGGUCUGAACCUGCAGCUGUCUUGGGAGACGACGCUUGUGCCCGCCCCUCGCAGCAAAAAGGCAGCCCUUAUCGCCAUCGCAAACUGCAUCAGCCAAACCAGCCACUGGUUCAGCCCUUACUUUUGGCCGACUUCACAGGAGCCCUUUUACCGUCUCGGUGGCGGAUUGGUGCUAUUUGGCUGCCUGUGCGUCGUCAUUUCUGCCUGGCUGGCCAAGUGGCGUGCAAUCAAGCUCAACAAGAAGCUGGACGAGGCCGAGGGCUGGUCGGAGCACUCUGGUGUCGAGAGGGGAUGGAGAUACGUUACCUAA